AUGCUUGUCAAACAUUUAUCUGAACCAUGGUUUUCUUUAAUUUAUUGUGGAAAAAAAACAAUCGAAAUUCGUCUUGAUAAAGGUCAUUUUCAUGAAUUAAAACCACAAGAUACAGUUGAAUUUUUUAAUGACGAUUUAGGUUUUAAUAUGCGUCGAAAAUUUUGUGUACGAGUUAUAUCAAUUGAACAAUUCGAUACAUUUGAAUCACUAUUAGAAAAACAUCUUUUACAUGCUUUACCUACGGUUAAAUCAAUUGAAUUUGGUUGUCUAAUAUUAAAACAAUAUUAUUCUAAAGAUAAUGAAUUUGAUAAAUAUAAAAAAUUAGCAAUUAAUAUUGAACGUAUUAGUGCAGUUGUGAAUGAAUUACGUACUUCCGCAACUUCAUGUUAA